AUGGAUGAUCUUAACUCCACCCACUUCCUGGCCACCAACCAAUCAGAUCUGAGCAGCCCGUUCACGCGGCUGGUGCUGCCGCCUCUCUACCUGCUGAUCUGCGUGGUGGGCGCGUCCCUGAACGGCGUGGCCGCCUGGAUCUUCUUCCGAGUGCCGAGCGACUCGGGCCUGGUGGUCUACCUGAAGAACAUGAUGGUGGCCGACCUGCUGAUGCUCGCCACCUUCCCCUUCCGGGUGGCGGCGCAGCUGGGCGUGGGCGGCUGGCGCCUGCACGUGGUCAUGUGCCGCUACACUGCCGUGCUGUUCUACUCCUCCAUGUACGUGGGGAUCCUGUUCAUGGGGCUGAUCAGCCUCGAGCGCUACGUCAAGAUCGUGAGACAGACCUCGCACUCAAACGCUACGGUCGCCGCUUCGCCGUCCUGCAGGUCCAGGUUUGGCGUUGGAUCCUUGCUGCAUCUCCUGCACAGCGUCGGCUUUGCCCGUGUGUUGGCGCUGCUCACCUGGAGCUUCCUCCUUCUCUGCGUACUGCCCAACGUGGUGCUGACCAGCCGGCCGGCUACCGAGGAGACCUCGCGGGACUGCAUGCGCCUGAAGACGCCGCUGGGCGUGCAGUGGCACAGCGUGUCCACCUUCCUGAGCGUCAGCCUGUUCUGGGUGACCCUGCUGGUCCUCGCCUACUGCUACACCUCCAUCGCCUGCCGCGUCUACCAAUCGUAUCGCCGCGUUCGCCGUAGCAGCAACAACAGCAGCAACGAGGCGUGCCGGAAGUCCAACCGCAGCAUCUUCAGCAUCCUGGCGGUGUUCUUCGUCUGCUUCGUGCCGUACCACGUGUGCCGCGUGCCGUACACGCUGAGCCAGAUGCCGGCGGCGUCGGGCUUCGGCCGGGACGCGCGGUUCCUGCUGUUCCAGCUGAAGGAGGGAACGCUGUUCCUGUCGGCGCUCAACGUCUGCCUGGACCCCGUCAUCUACUUCCUGAUGUGCCGAACCUUCAAAGAGUCGCUGCUCAGGAAACUGUCGGGGAGAGACCACCGGAGGAGGGCGGGCUCGCUGACCACGGGACAGAGUCUGAGUCACAUUUAGAGAGAGGGAGGCAGGGGACAAGGAGAGGAGAUAAGGAGAGGAGGGAACUACA